UAGUAGAUAUUGGGUUUCCCAGCCAAUGCCAGGAUUUUUUGCAUACCUGUAAUAGCUCUUGCGUUGUAAGUCUAUGGCCGACAGUAGCGUAUGCGCCGCUCACGCCUGGAGUUUUGUUUAGACCUGGGUUCUAUGGAAAUUGCAGCUAUCGUCAUCUAGAAAGUUAGUGGGUAAAGAUCAGCACCAUGGGGGUCGGAGACGACAUAGCCCCUCGUUUUACUCAGAAGCCAUCUCUGAAACAAGAAGACAAUGGGCAGAGGCUGGUGUUUCAGUGUGCGCUCGAAGCCUCUCCCAAACCCGAGAUCUUGUGGUUCAGGGGCGACACAGCCCUUUCUAAUUCGGAUAGGAUUAAAAUGCGGGUCGACCCCGCCGGCGGUGGAAGUGCCUUCAAUGUGAUAUUGGAAAUUUUUGGUGUCGGCCAGAAUGACGCCGGAACGUACAAGGUGGUGGCCAAAAACAGACUGGGUGAGGUGUCUGCCUCCAUCAACCUCAACUUCAGUGCUGGACAGCAAAAACAACAAGAUGGAAUUGCUCCAAAUUUCAUUCAGAAACCAGUCACCCGGCAGGCCGACAAUGGCAAGACACUGUUCUUUGAGUGUUUGUUAACCGCAGACCCUGCACCUGCCAUCUCUUGGUUUAGAGAUGCCCAGCCCAUCCAACAAGGCGCACGUUACAAAAUAAAAACUGAAGCCCGUGAUCAAAAACAGUAUUUUGUAGUGCUAGAAAUUAAUGAUGUGUCUGCACAGGAUGGAGGAAAUUACAAAGUCACAGCCAAGAAUGCUCUUGGGGAGAGCAAUGCAACGAUCCGACUCAAUUUUGAUAGUUCUGAGACGAGCAAGACUAAAGGAACUAGGCCUGUGUUUAUUCAGAAACCUGUGAUACGCCAAGUUGGCGACAAAAUUGUCAUCGAAUGUAAGCUAACCGCGGAACCCAAGCCCACAAUACAGUGGCUUGUGGGUAACCAGGAGGUAGUAGCUGGGGGACGUAUUAACAAAACACAUAUCUCUGACGGAGCCAACCACACGAUUACACUAGAGAUUGCUCAAGUGAACUUGAACGAUGGUGGUGAAUACAAAGCCAUUGCUAAAAAUGCAAAUGGAGAGGCCAUUGCUACCAUCACCCUUAACUUUGAAGGUGCCAAGAAACCUGAAAUUCCAGAAGGCAAAGCUCCCCACUUCUUACAAAAACCAACCAUCAAACAGGAACAGAAACUGCUGAUCAUGACAUGUAUGCUAGAGGCGAAACCCACUCCUCAGAUCCGCUGGUUCCGUGACCAGACCGAGGUUGGUGAGGGUGGACGUUUCACCAUCAGCCUACAGAGAGAUCCCAGUGGGGCCGACACGUACACAGCCAUUCUUCAAAUUAAGGAACCCACACUGCAAGAUGGUGGUGCAUACAAGUGUACUGCAGCUAAUGAUUUUGGAGAAUCAAAUGCAAACAUUACUCUUAACUUUCAAGGUGGCGAGAAGAAAGACAAGCCUCCAGGCGGUAUCGCUCCCACAUUCACAGAGAAACCUCGCGUCACUCAGGAGGCUGGGGGCAAGAACAUCGUGAUCAUCUGCAAGUGUACUGCCAAUCCCAAACCUACCAUCUCCUGGUUCAAGGGAACCACACCACUAGCCACUGGUCCCAGAGUCAACACAACCAUGACGUCAGAAGGCGACGAUCACACCAUCAAGAUGGAAAUUAAGAAUUUCACCCCACAAGAUGGUGGAGCAUACAAGGUCACUGCAAAGAAUGAGAUGGGAGAAGGAAAUGCCAAUAUUACAAUUAACCUUGAAGCCCCCAAACCUUCACCACCAAAAAUUGAAGGCAAGCCGAAUAUUCGUUUGGAAGAUCAAGAUAAAAUCAUUGUCAUUGACUUUGCUGUGGUGUCAGCUGAGAAACCUGAUGUUGAGUGGUUUUUUGGUAACACACCCAUCAAGUCUGGUGGACGUUUUGUCAUUGAUGUAGGCAACGAGAAAGGAGUUUGGUAUCCAACACUAGAAAUUGAAAAUUACACUAACAAGGACUCUGGCACUUACAAGUGCAUUGUGAAAAAUGCAGGAGGGGAAGCCACUGUCACAGCUGCUCUCAACGUAGAACAACUGAAACCUAAAGUUAAGGGAGAACCUCCGAAGUUUGUACAAAAGUUAAGUCCAAAGUCCGUUACCGAUGGUGAUGCUGUUGACUUUGUAGCUAAGAUUUCUGGAACAGAACCUAUAGAAAUAUUGUGGUCAAAAGAUAAGAAGCCUCUAAAAAAUUCAGACAUCUAUGAGAUAAGCUAUGACAAAGGAGUAGCACGACUUUACCUUUCUGAGGUGUUCCCAGAAGAUGGUGGAAACUAUGCUGUUGACAUCAAAAACAAAUUUGGAUCAGCUAAUUCCAUGGCUAGUUUACAAGUAAAAGAAGGAAAGACUGAAACCAAAGAACAAACAGAAAUGAAAAUAGAAAUGAAGUCCAAGAAAACAGAGCAAAAACCCGAGGAACCCAAAGAGGAAGCAAAACCUGAACCCAAGAAGGAAAAAUCUCCAGCAAAACCAGAGCCUGCCAAGCCAAAGGAAAAAACACCACCAAAGCAGAAGCCUAUAGAGGAAGAAAAAAGCAAAGCUGAACAGGCAGUUAAAAAAGACAAAUCUCCCAAACCAACAGCACCUCCACAGAUUAUAGAACCUGUUGAGGAAGCCCCAGCUGACAAGAACUCAGGUAAAGGUAAUCCAAAGAGUCGAAAUCCUAAGACCAACAAGAAAGAUAACCCUGGUAAUCCAAAAGACUCUGAAGAGGAUUCUUCUAAGCCACAUAAGACAAAACUGAAAGCAUACCAGAAGAAACCAACAACUAUAUUGGAGGAAGCGGAUGAAGAGGUUAGCGAUGGCUACGAGGCAGACGAUGACCGACCACCAUCCUCAAACAUUCCAAACAAUGGUUGGGAUGAUUCUGAUGACGUGAAAACAUCAAUGAAUGACAUGACGUAUGACAGUGACGGUCGCCGCAUGUCUAAGACAGCUGCCAGACCACCAGAUGGACCUAUUUUCAAGAAGAAACCAAUUAAUCAGACCAUCGUAGAAGGCGACAAUCUGAAGGUAGACCUUGAGAUUGACCUGCAAGGUAAGCCCAUGCCGGCCAUCAGGUUCUAUCGUGCAGGACGAGAGUUGAGGGAAGACACCCGCACAGCUAUCUCCACUGACCCUAGUGGCAAGGCCACUCUGUUAAUCAAGAAGACACGAAUCACCGAUGAGGCUAAAUACUCAGUGGUUCUCGAGCAGGAUGGCAUGUCCACAGAUACAGCAACUUUCAGCAUCUUCAUUAAGGAUCCAAAAGAUUCCAGUUUGGAUUUUCGAUCUUUGUUGAAACAUAGAGAACAAAACAAGAAACAAGCCGAUGAUGAUGAUGUUGACUGGGGAUCACUGAAGCCAGAGAUGGUUGACCGAGGCAGGAGGCCGUCCCAGAUCGAGCUGAUGCGCAUGCAGUUGAAGAAGGUUGAGAAGGAGGAAGGUAGUGACAGUGAGGGAGAAAAGGAACGUCACAAACAUGAGAGGCAAGAUUACGUUCGUGCUGACAGAAGCAGAUCCAAAAUGGAAAUGUCUGCCGAGGCCGACAGCCAGUCUCUCACCAUGAAAGAUGGCAGCCGACGUCAAUCGAUAGAAAUGGAUGUUCCCAUUAAGAUGCCCACCCAGGAGAAGUUGGAGGCGAUGGAACAGCAGCGACGGAGCUCUAUGCAGACUCGCAGGGCGUCGCUCGCUGAAGUCAUUCCUGAUUGGCCGACACUCCAGAAACGAAAAGUUGUUAAAGAGGAUCCAGACAAGUUCUUGACAGAGCUUCAUGAUGUGAAGACAGUGGAAGGAGUUCCGUCAAUCAAGAUGACCUGUGUGUUCUGUAAGCCCAAUGCCAAGUUAAGCUGGCUUAAGAACAAAUUGGAGAUUUUUCAUGGUUACAAGUACCACUUUGAAAACAAUGACAAAGAGUAUAGCCUUAUGAUAAUGAACGUCAAACCCGAGGAUGCUGGGAAAUAUUCUUGUCUAUGUAAUGACUGCAAAACAGCUGCUUGGCUCUAUGUAGAAGCAAAGGAGCCAGAAUACUACUUCACCCAAAAGUUGCCCCAGCACUAUGAGGUUUGCCGCAAGAAGAACGGUAUGCUGGAAUGUUUUCUCUCUGAUUCCAGAGCGCGGGUCAAGUGGUACAAGAUGGGAGAGCCACUGGAGUAUACUCCUGGCAAGUAUGAAAUACAGAGGAGAGAAAACCGCUGCAUUCUGCGCAUCCUCAACGCUGCACCUGAAGAUGAGGGAGAGUACAUGUGUAAAUGUGGUGAUGCGGUGACAGCCUGUGACGUCUAUUGUGAAGAGCCUGAAUGGGAGUUCAUGAAAAAGCUGGAUGACGUUGAAGCUGUUGAGAGAGAGCGAGCCAUGUUUGAAUGUGACGUCAGUGACCCUGAGGCCGAUGUCACAUGGUUCAAAGAAGAAAAGGAAUUGAAAUCUGGAGGAAAGUAUGAGUUUCAGAAAGACAAUCUAAAACGACGUCUAAUUAUCAAGAACUGCAGUGCCAAAGAUGAUGGGAAAUACACAUGUAAACUUCUCGACCAGACCACAACAGCCGAGUUGUAUGUCUCACCGGAUGUCAAAUUCAUCAAGAAGCUGGAGCCGAAAACUGUCAAGGAGGGUGAUAACCUGACUUUGGAAUGUAAAGCUACCAAUGCCCAUAAGCACCCAUCAAAGUGGUUUAAGAAUGGACAGCCUUUUGAACCUGACCUUAGAGGCGAGAUCACCCAGAAAGGAGAGUCAUACAAGCUGGUUAUCAAGAACGUCAUCCCUGAUGAUAUGGCUGAAUACACUUUGCAGAUUGGAGAGCGACCGACAAGAUCAGUGGUCACUGUCGUAGAGCCUCCCAAGCCACCUAAAAUAGAUGUGAAUGCUAUUCCGAAGGAAAUCUUUGUCAAGGAAGGAGAGCUCAUUGAAUUGAAGAUCCCGUUUGUUGGUUCCCCGAUGCCAAGAGCCACAUGGAAGAAGGGAGAUAAGCAACUGAGUGAAGCUGAUAUGGACAUUGAGACUGAGCCCAGGCUUACCAAACUCCUGAUUCCAAAUGCUAAGAGAUCUGAUACUGGCACCUACGAGUUGACCCUGACCAAUGAUUCUGGGCAGGAUACUGUUCCAAUAAAGGUUACAGUCAUGGGUCCUCCAGAAAAACCGAAAGGUCCUCUCGAUGUACUGGACAUUUAUUGUGAUCGCUGUGCCUUGAUGUGGGAGGUCCCAGAGGAAGACGGAGGAGCCCCUGUUACUGGAUACCUGGUUGAGAAGAUGGACUCAGCCACAGGUGAAUGGGAAAAGGUCUGCGAGACAGAUGACCUAGAAGUAGAUGUCUCCGAUCUGACUCCCGGCCAUCGUUACCAGUUCCGUGUGUCAGCCAUCAACUCGGAGGGAAUCAGCAAGCCCUUGGAUAGCGGUGGUGAAAUUCUAGCCAAGGAUCCAUGGGAUCCCCCAGAUCCAGCGGGCACCCCUGAGGUUAUGGACUAUGACAAGGACUAUGUGGAGAUUGGCUGGGAUCCACCCAAGAGUGACAAUGGUGCUCCCAUCCAGGCCUACCUGAUCCAGUACAAGGAGAAGGAUUCAGAUGAAUGGAAGAAGGGUCCUGAAGUUCCAAGCGCAGACACCUGUGGAACGGUGAAAGGCCUCAAGGAAGGGAAAGAAUAUGACUUCCGUGUGAUUGCCAGGAACAAAGCUGGUCCAUCAGAACCCAGUGAAUGUACCACGUCACCUGUACUCAGAGCCAGGAAAGUAAAACCACGAAUUGACAGACAGACCUUGCCGAAGAACAUUAAGGUAAAAGCUGGACAAGAGCUUAGUCUGCCAGUGGAAUUCAUUGGAGAGCCAAGUCCUAAAGCUGUUUGGACUCUGAAGCCUCUGGUUGUUGGUCCGGGUACAGGGAAAGGAGAUAAUAAAGAGCUUGCACAAGCUGAUAAUGUAACCAUAAAGACAGAACCAAAGAAAUCAACACUGACCAUACCGAAAGCGACUAGAAAGGACACUGGACAGUACACAAUUAGUAUAGCCAACAAACAUGGAGACGAUUCAGAGAUGAUAGAUGUAGUUAUUUUAGGACCACCACUUCGCCCAAUGGGGCCACUAGAAGUGAAGGACAUAAACAAGGACAGUGUGACCUUGAAAUGGAAACCACCAGAGGACGACGGUGGAAAUGAACUAACUGGUUAUCGUGUUGAGAAGUUAGAUAUGAAGAAAGGUCGUUGGGAGAAAGUUGCUGAUGUUACAGGACAGAAGUGCGUGGUUCCAAAACUCACAGAAGGCAAUGAGUACAAGUUCCGAGUUAUUGCAGAAAACAAGAAUGGCGAAAGUGAACCCCUGGAGACUGAGAAAGCUGUAACAGCCAAAAAGCCAUUUGAUGAGGCAACCCCUCCAAGUCAGCCAGAAAUCAUAGACACUGACCGCACGCACAUUGACCUCAAGUGGGAGCCUCCCGAGGAUGAUGGGGGAGCACCGGUCACGGAUUACGACAUUGAGAGGAAGGAUGCCAAGAGCAAUCGCUGGGUUAAGAUUAACAAAGCUCCUGUCAAGGGUUUGACAUACAAGGACGACAAAGUGAAAGAUGGCAAUGAAUAUCAAUACAGAAUCAUCGCCAACAACGAGGCAGGUCCUUCGGAUCCUAGCCUGCCAUCCAAGACGGCAGUCGCUAAGCCAAUGAAAGAGGCACCCAAGGUAAACCUGGACAGUCUGUUUGGUGCUAAGGAGAUCAGAGUGAGAGCUGGAGAACCACUGAACAUUGAACUUGGAAUCUGUGGGGCACCAGAGCCAACUGUGGAAUGGACAAGGAAUGGAAAACCAGUGGGAAGCAGGCCACAAAUGACAAGUGGAGAAACCCAGGCAAAACUUCACAUUCCAAGGGCGGAACGAGGAGACACCGGAAAGUACACCAUUAAAGUAGCAAAUGCUCAUGGUGAAGACACUGCAGAUAUCAAAGUUAUUGUUCUAGACAAACCUGGAGCUCCAGAAGGUCCACUAUCAGUGUCUGAUGUGACGGCUGAGACGGCGAAGAUCUCAUGGAAGGAACCCGAAGAUAAUGGUGGUGCUGAGAUUACAGGUUAUGUGGUUGAGAAAUGUGAAGAAGGCUCCACGUAUUGGGAGAAGGUGCCUGGUAUGCCAACAGGUACCUCACACACUGUGAAGGGACUCCAGAAUGGAAAGACCUACCAGUUCCGUGUGAAGGCUGAAAACAUUUAUGGAGUUGGUGAACCUCUCGUUGGCUCGAAAGUGUUGGCCAAGAAUCCAUUUGAUGCACCCGAUGCACCACGUGACCUUGAGAUUGACAAGUUUGACCGCUUCUCCUGCUCUUUGCAAUGGAAGCCACCUACAUCAGAUGGAGGAAACCCAAUCAAAGGUUACUUGGUUGAGAAGCGUGAGCGUGGCAAGGACUGGGUGAAAGCAAGCAUCUACCCAGUUCCCGACACAAACUUCACCGUACUCAACCUGGUGGAGGGAACCCAGGUGGAGUUCCGAGUCUCUGCCAUCAAUGAGUCGGGACCGGGCAAGUCGAGCAAGGUGUCUCCAUCUCACACAGUGAGAGACCCCAUUUUUCCUGCUGGAUCUCCACCUCAGCCCAAUGUGGACAAGAUCACAAAGAACUCUGUGGGUCUGUCCUGGGAUAAACCGAAGAACGACGGUGGGGCAAAGAUCACUGGAUACGUUAUUGAGAAGAAGAAGCCUGGAGAGGACUGGAUGGAAUGUCUGUCCCUACCAGCCAGCCAGACAUCUGGCACAGUGCCAAACCUGCAGCAGGGUGAGGAGUACCAGUUCCGGGUGAGGGCAGUCAAUGCUGCCGGUCUUGGUGAACCCAGCAGACCUACCAACUCCAUCAAGGCAGAGGAUCAGCCUGAGAAGCCCAAGCUGGACAUGUCGAGAGUGAAGGACAUCACAGUGAAGGCGGGUCAGGAGUUCCAGAUCGUGGUUCCCUUCACAGCCACACCCAAACCCAAGGCCACCUGGAAUCUGGGAGAUAACACUGUGGAUGACUCUCCAAGAACAACUGUGAAGGUUGACGACAAUGCUGCCAUUCUGGCUGUGGCGAAGGCUAAGCGUGAGGAUGCCGGUCGCUACACACUGACACUGAAGAAUCCAUCAGGCCAGGAGACAGGAAGCCUCAACGUCAAUGUUCUGGACAAACCUCUACCACCUGGAGGACCGAUCACCGCCUCUGACAUGGACGGGCAGUCGAUGACUCUGUCAUGGAAACCACCAGCAGACGAUGGUGGAGAGCCGGUUGGUAACUACAUCGUGGAGAAGAAGAAGGAAGGAACCAAUCGCUGGCAGAAGGUCAGCAGCUUCGUGUCCAAACCAACUUGCACUGUGCGCAAUCUGGAGCCGGGCACCAAGUAUGAAUUCAGAGUCAUGGCAGAAAAUGGACAGGGAAUCAGUGAACCCUUGGAGACGGAUGAAGCCAUUUUGUCCAAACUGCCUUUCGAUGCCCCAGGCUCACCAGGAUCUCCAAAGUGUAUGGCUACAACUGAGGAUUCCAUCACUUUGAGCUGGACACCACCAAAACGUGAUGGUGGCUCCCCCAUCACUGGAUAUCUGAUUGAGAAGAAAGAAAAAGGAGAUAAAAAAUGGACAAAAGCCAACAUCGGCGAGGUAUCAGACAAUGAGUAUACAGUGAAGGGCUUGGUGGAGGGUAAAGAAUACGAGUUUCGUGUGUGUGCCAUCAACCAGGCCGGACCGGGAGACUUCAGUGAAUGCUCCGACCGUAUUAAACCAAAGCCACCACCCAUGGCUCCAAAGAUCAGCCGGGACUUCAUUAGUGGUCGUGACAUUAUUGCAAAGGCAGGAGAACCAUUCAAGAUUUCCAUUCCAUAUUCUGGCAACCCAAUUCCAACAGUGGCAUGGUCUCAGGGUGGUUUAACUGUGCCUGAAACAGAAAGAGUGAAAUUUGAGAACACACCGACAAACAUCAUCCUUCAAAACAAGAAAGCCGAGAGAAGUGAUGCCGGGAAAUACUCAGUUCUCUUGACCAAUGAAAAGGGCACUGACUCGGCCACUGUGAAUGUUAUUGUUGUCGAUGUACCAUGCAAACCAGAAGGUCCUUUAGAAGUGAGCGAUGUCACUCCAGAUGGGUGUAUCCUGAAAUGGAAUCCACCAAAGGAGGAUGGUGGAAGCCCUGUCUCCAAUUAUGUUGUGGAGAAACAAGAUUUACGAACAGGAAACUGGGAGCCGGUCAGCCGAUUUGUCCGUGGCACUAAGUACGAGGUCAUGGGACUGGUUGAGGGUCAUGAAUACAACUUCCGAGUCAUGGCAGAGAAUGAACAUGGUGUUAGUGAGCCACUGGAAACUGUCUCAUCCACAGCAGCACAGUACCCAUACACAAUUCCGGAUUCCCCAUCACAGCCAGACGUCCUGGACAUUGAUGAACAAUCAGUAACACUGUCCUGGGGACGGCCAAAGAAUGAUGGUGGGAAGAAAAUACAGGGAUAUGUUAUUGAAUAUAAAGAACCAACUAGUAACCGAUGGAAGACAUUUAACGACAUACCCAUCAAGGAAACCACAGGCACAGUUUCUGGUCUGAAUAAUGACACAGACUAUGAAUUCCGAAUUCGAGCAAAGAAUGUAGCAGGUCUUGGUAAUCCAAGUACUGUUACAGAUCCCAUCAGGGUCAAAGCCAAAUACACAAAACCAUCAGUGCCAGGAGUACCCUCCCCAGUUAAUGUUGGCCGGACAUUUGUGGAGCUCUCUUGGGACAAACCACGGACAGAUGGCGGAAGCAAAAUAACUGGCUACAUAGUGGAGAAGAAGGAGAAAGGUGCCACGAUGUGGACAAAGGCAACCGACUACCCCGUUAUUGACAACAACUACACCGUGGCCAACCUCAUGGAGUUGUCCGAGUACGAGUUCAGGGUUAUUGCCGUCAAUGCUGCGGGCAAGAGCGAGCCAAGUCUUGAAAGUGCUCCCAUAAAGGUCAAGGAGAAAGUCGUUGGAACAGCCCCAGAUUUCGUGAAGAAACUUCAGAAUACCAAGGCUCCCCUGGGUGGAGAGGCAGUGUUUACCAUCCAGUACACUGCACACCCAGAGCCAGAUGUGUACUGGUACAAAAAUGGAAUAGAGAUGGGUUCGUCUGGUCGCAAUCGUAUCAAGAAAGAUGGCGAUAUUAUUGUUCUUACAAUGAACGACCUGUAUGAGAAAGAUGCUGGUGAAAUCAUUUGUGAAUUGGUCAACCCACUGGGUAGAGAAUCUUGCAAGUGUAAGCUUGAAGUUCAAGUUCCACCGAAACUUGAGAAAGACAUCAAGGAUCAACAGGUACAGAAAGGAGAUCAGUUCAAGAUCAAAAUCCCCUUCUCUGGCACUGGUCCAUUCGAGUUCAAGGUGAAGAAAAACAACAAAGAUCUGCUCGAGAACGACCGCAUCAAGAUUUCAACCUUUGAUGACUACGUGACUCUCAUUAUUAAAGAUGUUGAUCCAGACGACACAGCAUCUUACAAAGUUGAAAUCAGCAAUGACAGUGGAACUGUUGGUGCCAACUUCGGACUAAAAGUCGUCAGCCCACCUGGAUCACCGACGGGUCCUCUGAAUGUUUCUGAUAUAACUAAGAAUGCCUGUCGGCUGGCAUGGAAACCUCCUAAAGAAGAUGGUGGCGGAAAAAUCACCAGCUACUUGGUUGAGAGGCAGGAGGUUGGCAAACCGUACUGGAUCACUGUGUCCUCCCACUGCAAGGACACCUCCAUUGACGUGCAAGGCCUGUAUGAAAACCACCAGUACUUGUUCCGAGUGUGUGCCAUCAAUGAGCAUGGUGAGGGAGACCACCUUCAAGCUGAGAAUCCAAUCGUUGCCAAGAUGCCGUUUGAUGCUCCUGACACUCCUGGAAUACCUGAAGUCACUGAGGUUGGUGGAGAUUUUGUCAGUCUGACCUGGGAGAAGCCUCGGUCUGAUGGUGGUGGCCGUAUCACCGGGUACUGGAUUGAGAAGCGAGAACAUGGCACAGACAACUGGUCCCGUGUCAACUUGAACCCCUGUAUCACCAACAUGAUCAACAUCCCCAACCUUAUUGAAGACCGGCGAUACGAGUUCCGCGUGUUUGCCGAAAAUGAGUCGGGAAUGAGCAAGCCAUCGAUGGCUUCGAACAGCGUGAAAAUUAAAGAUCCUAAAGCUGCUGUUAUUCCUGAGUUCACAUCACAACUUCGUAAAGCCCAGGCUGUCGAGGGAAAAAGCGCUCGCUUUGAAUGCAUUUGCAGUGGACAGCCAGCACCAGAUAUUCAAUGGUUUAAAGGUUCGCGUGAGAUAUUUGAUAGCGACAAGUUUGAGAUCUCGUCUGAGGGAGACAAGCAGAUUUUGGUUGUACGUAACGUGUAUGGUGAAGAUGCAGAUGAGUAUUCAUGUAGAGCGUCCAACAGAGGCGGGUCAAGGACCUCUCGAGCAGAACUGGAGAUCAGGUCACCACCAAAAGUAAAUGUUCCACCUCGCUUUAGGGAUAUUUGCACCUUUGAAAAGGGUGAAAGCGUUCUGAUAAAGAUUCCGUUCACUGGUAACCCCAAGCCUGAUGUCAAGUGGAUCCGUGACGGCACUGAACUGAGAAGUGGCGGCCACUACGUACAGGAGGUGACCGAGCGCCACGCCAUCCUGACCAUCAAGGAGGCGUCCAAGAUGGAUGACGGUCCAUACAGACUACAGCUGGAGAACGAGCUCGGGGCAGACUCGGCCAUCAUCAAGGUCCAGGUCAAUGAUCGUCCUGAUCCACCACAGUACCUGAAGAUGGAAAACAUCCGUGAUGAAUCUGUGGUGUUGUCAUGGAAACCUCCACUGAAUGACGGUGGUAGUUUUAUCACUGCUUACAUUGUGGAGAAGAGGGAACCCCCAUCUAUGAACUGGACACGCGCAGCCUCCACAAGAUUUGCGUUUCACAAUGUGACCGGACUGACUCCGGAAAAGGAGUACGAGUUUCGUGUUAUGGCGGAGAACUUCUACGGUCGUAGUGAUCCGUGUGAAUCGACCGGCCCCAUCAAGACAGAUAUCCCUGAAGAGGCACGCAAGAAGAAGGAAAUGGAAGGUUCGGUCAAAAAAAUUACAAACAAAAAAACUAACCACCCCCAAAAUACCCACAACAAAACAAAACCAACAAAAAAAAAAAAAAAUAUAUAUAUAUAUAAAGAAAAAACCCAACAGCAACAUUUGUCUAGCUAGACUACUCUAUUUAUCCAUUCCAAUCCAAUUAAAGUACAGGCAUGUUCACUUUGAGGAGCGAGACGUAGC